GUAAGAAGAAAAAGAAACUCACAAGAGAGAAAUCAGAGGGAAAAAAAUUCACCAUUUUCCUCUCCUUUCUCUUUCUUUCCAUAUUUCAAGAAUCCAUUUUUCAUAAACACACACACAAAAUGGGUUGCGGAGAAUCAAAGCAUGCUGUUGCAACACAAAACACCAUCACCAAGAGCAAGAGCAAGAGCAAGAGCAAGAGCAGGAGCAUCAGAAAACAAGGGGCUGAAAUCCCCAAAAAUGAUGUAAAUGUGACUGCAAAUGCUGAUAAGGAUUCAGAAACUUUGAAGAAAAAUGAAAACCAAGCUGUUGAGAUUCCCAAGAAUAUAGAAUCCGAGGCUGUUAAGGCCAAGGAUGAUGAAGAAGAAGAAGUCAAGGUAGAGAAGAACAAGGAGAUUGAAGUGGCUGCUGCUGUUUCUAAGGUUGUGGAGAAGGAGGAGGAGAAGAAAGAAAAGAUCAUCAAGAAUGAGGAAUUGAAGGAAGACAAAAAAGAGGAGGUUAAGCCUGAAGUGGUGGAGCAAGAAAUCCCUGCAGCCAUUGAGGUUGUGCAAGAGAUCAAGAAUGUGGAAUUGAAGGAAGAGAAGAAAGAUGAGGUCAAGGCUGAUCAAGAAGAGGUGGUUUCCCAGCAAGUAGAAGAUGCUCCUUCUUCUUCUAGUGCUAAUGAGAAGAUCCCCCAAGGCGAAAACGUCGUCGUUGAGGGAGAAAGCAAUGUUGCAAUUGCAGAGGAAGAAGACAAGACAGGAAAAGAAGAGUUGGCUCAAGAAAUAAAGCCUUCUGCAGAAGAGAAGAAACCUGCUGAUCAAAGUGAGGGUGACGUUGUAGUAGCAGCAGCAGCAGCAGCAGCUGAUGUCAAGGGAAACUGAGGAAGAAAUUCAUAUGAGAUUGGCAUUCUUCAAUCCUUCUCUGUUUGUCAACAUCUCUAGACUUGUAUUUAUGUACUUUGAUUACUCAUAAUGGUGAAUUUGUCACACACCCAAUAUCAAAAUUUCAGACUAUUAUCUCUUGGUGAGGAGAAAAUCUCAAUUGCUUUGAUGUAUUAAUGGAAAUUUCCUGUGGUUUCUUGA